GGCAAAGGAAACGCGCGCGCGAGAGAGGAACACUGCGACUGCGGCGUCGCCGUGCAGCGCACGUAUUCCGGCUCGCGAAGUGCUCGAAAACGUAUGUACUAACGCGUGUUUGCUCGCACUUUGCUCGUCGUUACUCUCCUCGGCGGUGCGCGACUGCACUUUGUUUUUAUUGUCUUCGCGGUUUAACCGCGUUUUUUGCGCCAUUUGUGCGGAGCCUCGGUAGCGAGUGAUCGUUCGUCGUCCCCGCAGUUAGGAGGCGAGUACACAGCGGUGUUUUUGGAAGCUCAAGAUUUUCGUUGUUGCAUGCCAUAGGCGGGGGAGUAUAGCACCUACUUGUAUACAGGAACACGUCGUUCAAGCAAGAUCAACCAUUGGCCGAGACUGCGGAAGCAGUCCGAUGUUCACGCCGGCAAGCUGCGGCAUUGUCUUGUCUCUUGGCGAGACAACAACAACAGCAGCUUCCUCGAAGCGUUCGCGCUCGAGCGGCUCCCAGGAUGCGCUUACUGAUGCUAGCCGGAAAAGUCGAAUUGACGGCCGAACCUCUGGGCAUUGCUGAGCGGGACGUGAUCGUCGUAAUGAGGAAAAAUGCCUAGAAAUCACGCGAGCGCGACUAGAUCAGCAACAGUUCGCAAGUCGUUCUUCUGGAUGGACUGAUCGCGGCGAGAAGUGAGAGUAGAAGAAAGAGAGCGCGAAGAACAAUGUGGCCAAGGCCAACGAGGAUAUGCCGGGUGUGGCCGCUGGUCCUCCUGGCCCUCCUGUUCGCCGGCAUUUUACUCAUCUAUACCAAGAGUGCGCAGACCGACGACAGGAGGUACGAUGCUGCCCGUGAUUUCGUUCACCUGCAGCUGUCGGAGGGUCAGAAGGAAUACAUCGACAAGCGCGGCGUGCACGUCGUUGUGGGGCACUAUGUUGGAAAUUCCAUGGACUCGCUGCAAAUUCCCAACAUAACUAAAGAAAUAAUCAACAAGAACAUGUUCGAUCCGCGCCCGUACGAGGGCAACAACGGCGAGCCCGUUCAGAUACCUGCCAAGGAUUUCCAGAAAAUGCAGCAGCUCUUUCAAAUCAACCGCUACAACCUGCUGGCCAGUGACAGGAUCCCCCUGAACAGGACGUUGCCGGACGUUCGAAAGAAAAAAUGUAUAACGAGGUACGCGAACCUGGGGGACCUGCCGAGCACCUCAGUCAUCAUAGUCUUCCACAACGAGGCCUGGAGUACGCUCCUGCGCACCGUGCAUAGUGUCAUAAAUCGAUCUCCUAGGAAACUACUCGAGGAAAUCAUCCUCGUCGAUGACAAUAGCGAUAGAGAUUUUUUAAGAAAGCCAUUAGACGAAUACGUUGCGCAGCUGAACGUGCCAACGCGAGUUCUCAGGUCGGACAAGCGAGUAGGCCUGGUGAACGCCAGGCUCAUGGGGGCGAACGAGGCCAAGGGCGAAGUCUUGACUUUCCUGGACGCCCACUGCGAAUGUACGGCCGGAUGGUUGGAACCCCUUCUUGAAGCUAUCUCUAAGAAUCGAACAAGAGUGGUUUCACCGGUUAUAGACAUCAUAAACGACGACACGUUCAGCUACACGAGGUCGUUCGAACUUCACUGGGGUGCCUUCAACUGGGACUUGCACUUCCGCUGGCUGAUGUUGAACGGAGCUUUGCUACGCGAGCGGCGCGAGAACAUCGUCGAUCCCUUCAAAACACCGGCAAUGGCUGGUGGCCUUUUCUCGAUGGAUCGCGAGUACUUCUUCGAGCUAGGUAGCUACGAUGAACACAUGCGCAUCUGGGGUGGCGAGAACCUCGAGUUAUCCUUUCGCGUCUGGCAGUGUGGAGGCAGUGUUGAGAUUGCCCCAUGCUCUCACGUCGGACACAUCUUUCGGAAGUCUUCACCUUAUACGUUUCCUGGUGGAGUCGACGAGAUCCUGUACGGUAAUCUGGCCAGGGUGGCACUCGUCUGGAUGGACGAGUGGGGGAAGUUUUAUUUUAACUUCAAUCCGCAGGCUCAGCGGGUUCGAGAUAAACAGCAGAUUCGAUCUCGACUGGAAUUAAGGGAAAGAUUGAAAUGUAAAAGUUUCGAGUGGUAUUUGGACAAUGUAUGGCCGGACCACUUUUUUCCUAAGGAUGAUCGAUUUUUUGGAUAUAUUCUUCAUCCGUCGAACAAAAAGUGCCUGAUGAGGCCGAUGUCGAAAGGUGCGUAUUCACAGCCUUCUGGUUUCGUAGCCUAUCAGGACUGUAUAGUGCCGCCGAAUCUCAGUCAAAUGUUCGUGAUGCGCAAGGAUGGCGUGAUCAUGACGGACGAGAGUGUGUGCCUGGACGCGCCCGAGAAAGACAACAGGCACGAGAAGCCGAAGGUCAAACUGAUGGCCUGCAGCGGAUUUGCCAGCCAAAAAUGGGAAUACGACGAGAAGGAAAGGGUCAUUAGACACGUAGCAUCCGGUAUGUGCCUCGAAGAGUCUCCAAGCGAAAACGAGAGUCCAGUGAUAUCAGCGUGUACGGGCUACGACGAGCAGAAUUGGGAACUUAAGAGUGUUGCGUGGAAAUAUUGAGCGCGUUCCUUUACUAUUUUUUUUUAUUUUGUAUGAAAGUCUUGGAACGAAAACUUUCUUUCCGUGAAUGAGACCAAAUAUCUUUAUUCUUUAUGACUAUGUAGUUUAAUGAUGCGCAUGAAUAUUCUUGUGGUAAAUGAUGAAAAGAAAAAUAUUUUUAAGACUGAGCUAGGUAGAGAUAAAGAAGUGUGACGCAUUUUACACAGCCUUUUGAGGUACAUAAGAAAUAAAAUUUAUUUCUUAAACAUUUGUAUUAAUUAUGUACACAAUUCUGUACAAAAGUUUAGAAAAUAUAAUGAACAGAUACCCUAGAUAGUUUAAACGUAGUGAUGGUAAAACGUAUGUACAACCAAUGUACUCUGGUUUUAUGAAAAUUCUGUCACUAUUAAGUACUAUUUUUAUCUUACAUGUUGUUUAUAAUAUACAAUCUGAAUUGUCAGUAUUUUUUAAUACUUAAAAAAUGAUUUUCAUUACCUGAGGCAAAUAAUUCAUGAAUAAAUACAAUAUCAGAAGUA